GGAACUUAAAAACUUUCAGGUGUGAUUGAGACAGGUAACAUUUACCCUGAAGCCGAGGAGAUCCGUCUCAGAAAUACUGGACACACAGGAUGAAACUCAGUAAAGGACACGACAAGAGCAGUAAAAAACAUGAGAAAAGAGAGAAGAAGAAAUCCAAGCAUUCUUCUAAAGACAGAGAAAAGGACUCGAAGCGGAACGGGAAGCACAAAUCCUCCUCAAAGAUGAAACACUCCCCGUCAUCAGGAGAAGCUCAGUCUGUAGAUAUCAGCGGUGUGAAAUGUGAAUCAGGAGAUCAUGACGUGGAUGUGGAGGAUUAUGGUCAUGAUCGUGUGUCUGAGGUGACCGCUAAGCAGGAGACCGACUGCGAGUCACCGGGCAUCACGCGGGUCAGUCCACCUGUCAAGAUUAAAAAGAAGAAAGUGAAAGAUGAAAAGAGCGAAGAGAAACACGACACACGAGAUAAACAUCAAGAGUCUGUGAGGAAAAGAAAAAGUUCUGAACAUGACAAAUCAGAGAAGAAGAAAAAGAUCAAGAGAGACACGGACGAGGACAAGAAAGAAAAGGUGAAGAAAGAUGUCAAGAAAAACGAGGAGCCUGAUAAGUGGAAAUGGUGGGAGGAAGGAAAAUCAUCAGACAGUCAGAAAUGGAGGAGUCUUGAACAUAAAGGUCCAUAUUUCCCUCCAGAAUAUGAGCCGCUGCCAGAUAACAUCACUUUUUAUUAUGAUGGACAGCCGUUGAAACUGAGUCCUGCUACUGAGGAAAUCGCAACGUUCUUCGCUAAGAUGCUGGAUCACGAAUACACCAGUAAAGACGUGUUUCAGAACAACUUCUUCACUGAUUGGAAGGAGGAAAUGACCAAAGACGAGAGGAAGUUGAUCAAGACGCUCUCCAAGUGUGACUUCAGUGAAAUGCACAAAUACUUUGUGGAGAAGUCGGAGGAGAGGAAGAACCUGAGCAAAGAAGAGAAGCAGGUCCUGAAGGAGGAGGCCAGUCGUCUGACGGAGGAGUACGGCUACUGUCUGCUGGACGGACAUCGCGAGAAAAUCGGAAACUUCAAGCUAGAGCCGCCGGGUCUGUUCCGCGGGCGAGGAGAACACCCAAAGAUGGGCAAACUGAAGAAACGCAUCCAGCCCGAAGACGUCAUCAUCAACUGCGGCAAAGACUCGAAGAUCCCCGAAGCUCCUGCAGGUCACCGGUGGAAGCGUGUUCAACAUGACAACACGGUCACAUGGCUGGUGUCCUGGCUGGAGAACAUUCAGGGACGACCCAAAUACAUCAUGCUGAACCCCAGCUCCAAACUGAAGGGGGAGAAGGACUGGCAGAAGUACGAAACGGCUCGUCAGUUGAAGAUGAGCGUGGACUCCAUCAGGAAGGAGUACCGCCGGGACUGGACGUCCAGAGAGAUGAAGACCAGACAGAGAGGAGUCGCACUCUACUUCAUUGAUAAGCUGGCCCUGCGAGCAGGUAAUGAGAAGGACGAUGAGUCCGCUGAUACGGUGGGCUGCUGUUCUCUGCGUGUGGAGCACAUCACUCUUCACAGACACAUGGACGGACAGGAGAAUGUGGUCGAGUUCGACUUUCUGGGCAAAGACUCCAUCCGCUACUACAACAAAGUGCCAGUAGAGAAACAGGUUUUCAAAAGCUUGAAACUUUUCAUGGACAACAAGAACCCAGAGGACGAUUUAUUUGACAGAAUUACAACGGUCUACCUCAACAAAACCCUCAACGAGUCGAUGACGGGACUGACGGCGAAAGUCUUUCGAACCUUCAACGCUUCGACCACACUGCAGGACCAGCUCAAUAAACUCACUACAGACGACAUGUCGGUGGAGGAGAAGAUCUUGUCCUAUAAUCGAGCGAACCGAGCUGUGGCCAUACUGUGUAACCACCAGAGGGCAGCACCCAAAACCUUUGAGAAAUCAAUGCAGCUGCUGCAGGAGAAGAUCCAGAAGAAAAAGGAACAAAUUGAAGAAGCCAGAAAAGAGCUGAAAGCGGCGAAGAGAGCACAUAAAGACGCUCCGACUGACAAAUCCAGGAAGCUGGUAGAGAAGAAGGAGAAGACGGUUCAGAGAUUAUGUGAACAGCUGAAGAAGCUGCAGCUGCAGGAAACUGAUCGUGAGGAGAAUAAGGUGAUCGCUUUGGGCACGUCCAAACUCAACUAUCUGGACCCUCGCAUCACUGUUGCCUGGUGUAAGAAACAUCACGUGCCCAUUGAGAAGAUCUAUAACAAAACCCAGAGGGACAAGUUCGCCUGGGCCAUUGACAUGACGGAGGAGCACUUCCAGUUCUGAAGCCUCACAUGAACCGCUCAAGGAAUAAAUGUUUAUUUUCCACAGGUUGAGUGAUUAAUACAUGAUUAUUUGUUGUUUGUUUUGAGUUUCUCUGUUGUGUAAAACGUCUCUAGUAAAACUUCUUUAGUGAAAUCACAUUGUUGUUAUAUUUUGGUUCUUGCACAUUAAAUUGAGAUCCUGCAACUUCAGUUUGAGUGACAGCUGCCAUUUAUGAGUCUUGCUUUCUGACAACGGCAUUUCAGACAUUAUGAGCCUUUAACAUUGUAAUGUGAUCUUCGAUAUUUCCUCCUGAUGACUUUAAAUGAGAGUGAAGGUGCUGUACAGCGUUUGAGUCACCGUGAGUCACUGCCGCGGGACAAGAGAUGGAUUCCUGCAGGUGUAACUAAACACAUGUCUCGUGACAUCACACAGCGUCCUCAUUGAAGAACACGAGUUCUGCAUUCACAGCUGGAGACUGCACAGAGAGUUCAGCGGGAUUAGAGUUUCUCUGACAGGAUCUUUAAGAUGUCGGCACUUCCUGAAGAAUGGCAGGAAACGCUGAUCUUCAUCCUCACCGCUGAUGAUUGCCUCUUGUUUUUAACUCCAGAGUCUCUGAACGCCGCCACUAAAUGAAACUCCACGUUGACUCUGAGGCGUUUUUGACACGAGACACAAAGCGCUGAUUUAUUUAGACAAUAAAGACGAAUUUCGAGGUUCAAAACACUCAUCUUCAGGAACGUCCACAUUUAAAGGCAGAUUAUC